ACUUUAUCGACUUCCAAAGAUUACUAACUUUUAUCUAUCAUUAAAAUUGAACUGCCUUGGCUAUACUGCUAUUCUUACUGUUGCUUCCAUAAUUGCCUUCAGCAAAAUAAGGCUUUAAGAAGCCAAAGAAUAACAAGAAAUAACCAUUAGAAGCCUUUCCACUAUGAAACUUAAGUUAAAUGUGCUCACCAUUGUUUUGCUGCCUAUCUACUUGUUAAUAACAAUAUACAGUGCCCUUAUAUUUAUUCCAUGGUAUUUUCUUACCAAUGCCAAGAAGAAAAACGCUAUGGCAAAGAGAGUAAAAGCUAAGCCCAUCUCAGACAAACCUGGAAGUCCAUAUCGCGCUGUCACACACUUCGACUCGCUAGCUGUCAUAGACAUCCCGGGAGCAGACACUCUGGAUAAAUUAUUUGAUCAUACUGUGUCCAAGUUUGGAAAGAAGGAAUGCCUUGGGACCAGGGAACUCCUAAGUGAAGAAGAUGAAAUUCAGUCAGAUGGAAAAGUUUUUAAGAAGGUCAUUCUUGGGAAUUAUAAGUGGAUGAGCUAUCUUGACGUCAACUGCAGAGUGAGCAACUUUGGUCGUGGACUCACUGCACUGGGACUGAAAGCAAAGACCACUGUUGCCAUUUUCUGUGAGACCAGGGCGGAAUGGAUGAUUUCGGCACAGACAUGCUUUAGAUACAACUUUCCUCUUGUGACAUUAUAUGCCACACUUGGCGAAGAAGCAGUAGUUCAUGGGCUAAAUGAAUCUGAGGCUUCUUAUGUGAUUACUAGUGCUGAGCUUCUAGAAACCAAGCUUAAGACUGCAUUGUUAAAUGUCAACUCUGUUAAACAUAUCAUUUAUGUGGACAAUAAGACUAUCAAUAAAGCUGAGUACCCUGAAGGAUUUGAGAUUCACAGCAUGCAAUCGGUAGAAGAGUUGGGCUCCAAGCCAGAAAAUGCAAGCAACACUCCAAAUAGACCGACUCCUUCAGACUUGGCUAUCGUAAUGUAUACCAGUGGUUCUACCGGUCUACCAAAGGGCGUAAUGAUACAUCAUUGCAACCUGAUCGCUGGAAUGACAGGCCAGUGUGAAAGAAUACCUGGACUGGGACCAAAGGACACUUACAUUGGCUACUUGCCCCUGGCCCAUGUACUGGAAUUGACAGCAGAGAUAUCUUGCUUCACCUAUGGCUGUAGGAUUGGAUAUUCUUCUCCACUUACACUUUCAGACCAGUCCAGCAAAAUUAAAAAAGGAACCAAAGGAGAUUGCACUGUCCUGAAGCCGACACUCAUGGCUGCUGUUCCGGAAAUCAUGGAUCGAAUUUAUAAGAAUGUUAUGAGCAAAGUCCAAGAGAUGAGCUAUAUUCAGAGAACUCUAUUCAAGAUAGGAUAUGCUUACAAAAUAGAACAGAUUAAAAAAGGAUAUGAUGCACCUCUUUGCAAUCUGAUACUGUUUAAGAAGGUGAAGGCUCUGCUAGGAGGGAACAUUCGUCUGAUGCUGUCUGGCGGCGCACCCCUGUCUGCUCAGACUCAACGUUUCAUGAAUGUCUGCUUCUGCUGCCCAGUUGGCCAGGGCUACGGGUUAACUGAGACAUGUGGUGCUGGGACAGUUACUGAAGCUACUGACUAUACUACUGGCCGAGUUGGAGCCCCUCUUAUUUGUUGUGAAAUUAAACUGAAAGAUUGGCAGGAAGGCGGUUAUACAGUUCAUGACAAGCCUAACCCCAGAGGAGAAGUUGUAAUUGGUGGACAGAAUAUCACCAUGGGAUAUUUUAAAAAUGAAGAAAAAACAGCAGAGGACUAUUAUGUGGAUGAAAAUGGACAAAGAUGGUUUUACACUGGUGAUAUUGGAGAAUUUCAUCCUGAUGGAUGCUUGCAGAUUAUUGAUCGUAAGAAAGAUCUGGUGAAGCUACAAGCAGGAGAAUAUGUGUCUCUUGGGAAAGUCGAGGCUGCCUUGAAGAGCUCUCCACUAAUUGACAACAUCUGUGCUUUUGCCAAAAGUGACCAGUCCUAUGUGAUCAGUUUUGUGGUUCCAAAUCAGAACCGGCUGAGUCUUAUAGCACAAAAGAAAGGGAUAGAAGGAUCUUGGGUUGACAUCUGCAAUAACCCUGACAUGGAAGCUGAAAUACUAAAAGAAAUUAGAGAAGCUGCAGCUACCACGAAAUUGGAGCGAUUUGAAAUUCCCACCAAGGUCUGCUUAAGCCCAGAACCAUGGACUCCAGAAACUGGUUUGGUAACUGAUGCUUUCAAGCUGAAACGGAAGGAACUGAAGAACCAUUACCUCAAAGACAUUGAGCGAAUGUAUGGGGGCAAAUGA